GUCUUGACGUUAGCGGUUGAUAGUGCAGUGGUUCCAGUGAAUACUUCCAGUAAUACAAUCCAGUCAUCAACGUCAGUAGGGCAAUCUGAAAUUGCACAAAGAAUUCUCAAAGUGUUGCCAAUUGAAAUUACACAAAGAAACUUUCCAUGUCAUACCAAAGAGCAAUGUUGGUUCGCAGUGCUUUGCUCGCUGGUGCGAAAGGUAACGUGCUUAAUAUUGGCUUGAUUGAACGUUAUGCCAGCACAGUGUUACAAGCGGAUGUAAAGAGUCCUGAGGAAACGGAAUGGAACGAGGCCAAGUCAUUCGAUGAAAUACCAGGACCAAGGGCACUGCCGAUCAUUGGGAACAUGUUCAGAUUUCUUCCUCACAUAGGUGAAUUCGGAAAUCAGCCGGUCAUGGAACAAAUGAGAAAUUUGAAAAAGCAGUAUGGCCCGAUUGUUAAACUGGACGGUAUACCGCAUCGUCGAACAGUCGUAUUUCUGUUCGAUCCGGAACUCAGCGAGAAAAUGUACAGAAUGGAAGGUCGAUGGCCGACCAGAAUUGCUAUGGAGACAAUGGUACAGUAUCGCGAGGAGAGGCCCGAAUUGUAUAAAGGAAAUUAUGGAUUAGCUUCGAGCCAAGGCAAGGAUUGGCACAAUUUUCGUUCCAAAGUAAAUCAACACAUGAUGCAACCUCGAACGAUAAAACCUCACGUGGGACAAAUUAAUGAGGUGGCUCAGGACUUUAUUGAAAAAAUGCGCAAACUUCGAGAUCCGGAAACUCUGGAACUUCCGAAAAGCUUUAACAAUGAAAUGAACAAAUGGGCGCUUGAAUCUAUUUGCGCAAUCGCACUGGACCAAAGACUCGGAUGCCUCGAAUUUGACCUGCCGACAGAUUCGGAGCCUCAAAUAAUGAUAAAUGCUGUUCACGACAUGUUCGAUCUCUUCUAUAAAUUGGAAAUUCUUCCCUCCUUGUGGAAAGUCUAUAGGACACGAAAUUUGAAAAAAUUAUUUCAUUGCUUCGACAUCAUGAGUGGAAUUAGCAAACGAUACAUUAGCCUGGCUAGAGAGAAACUACGUGAGUCAACAUCAAUGGGCAACGAAGAACUAAGUAUGCUGCAACGACUUGUAGCUAUCGACGAGCAGACAGCAAAUGUCAUGAUAAUGGACAUGAUGCUUGCAGGAAUAGAUACUACCAGCAAUGCCGCCGCAAGCGCUCUCUAUCAUAUUGCGACUAAUCCUCAAGCCCAAGAGAAACUCCACCAAGAAGCAGCCAAGGUGUUGCCAGAGAAAGAUUCGCCAGUAACUUACGAGGCGCUUAAUAAAAUUCCCUAUACGAAAGCCUGCAUCAAGGAAGCCCUGAGAAUGUCACCCAUCGCCAUUGGUAAUUUAAGAACUAUGCAAAAGGACAUUGUGCUUGAAGGCUAUAAAAUUCCUAGUGGUAUUGACGUAAUAGCCUGUCAUGGCAUAAUGUCGCAAGAUCCCGAACAGUUUCCCAGGCCAAAGGAAUUCAUACCGGAAAGAUGGCUGCAGGGAAGUGAGGACAAUAUUUCUGCUAAAGCUGCUCAUCCGUUUGCUUAUAUGCCUUUUGGCUUUGGUCCGAGGACUUGCAUUGGUAGACGAUUCGCGCAACUGGAAAUGGAGACUCUUCUGACAAAGGUUAUACGCAACUUUCGUGUGGAAUGGCAUCACGAACCGAUGAAAUUCAAAAGUCGCUUUAUUCAAACUGUUGCCUCGCCCCUACAAAUAAAGUUACUAGACUUAUAAUGAAGACAUAGAGGAAGUAAGAAGCUCUAAUCACCUCCAAGACUGAAGUAUAUUAAAAAAUAGACAAGUUCGCUAAGGGUAAUCCCCGGACGAAGUUCGAGAUCAACGCAGGUACUAAGGAAUUCUCGCAGAUUCGAAUCAUGCUUCAAACGAAUCUAUUUUAUUCCCAGAACAGACACAAGUUUGAAACCUUAAUCAGCACUGACGAUCUAUUAUCAACCCGAGCAGAAUGUCUAAGGAAAGAUUCAAAAAAAUGAAUGGUAGCUACAAAAAAUUUCCCCAUUGCCAAUAAUUUCUUGCCAAUGGUUUUCCAUUGGUUUACAUUGACUUACCACACAUUACCGUUGAUAACAAAAUUAUUGGCAAUGGAAAACUUUCCUAAGGGAAUACCUGGAAGGAAAAAAAAUUAAAGCUCCAAAAGUGUCUGUACACCGUAAUACUAUAUAAAUAUGUAGCAUUAACAAUUGUUUGUAAUUGCACAAUUAUAAAUAUAUUUGAAUAAAAAAAUAUAAUAAAACUUGCACGUUAUAGUGGAGGUCCAUCAUA